UGUACGCUACCGUUUAAUUUACUACUACUGUCAUUUCGGUUAACAAGGGAAAGGUGUAGUCUACACAAUCUGAUACAAAAACCAUCAUGAAAACCUUCAUCCUGUUACUCAUAUGAUGAGAUAAAUCCACAGUAAUAAAGCGUUAAUUAAUACAAACGAACUUAAACCCUGAAUUGGAAUGUGUAAUGUUCUAGACUUUUAAUUAUAAACUGUUACAAUGAGUCGGCAGAUGACACAAAAUGAACGAAAACUGGCUGAAAAGCUAAUCAUUCUAAAUGAUCGAGGAGUGGGAAUGCUGACUCGAAUUUACAACAUAAAAAAGGCCUGCGGAGAUGCAAAGUCAAAGCCAGGAUUUCUAUCUGACAAGACACUUGAAUCCUCAAUUAAGAACAUAGUUCGCAGAUUUCCAAAUAUCGACGUAAAAAGCUUGCAACCCCUUCAACCAAUUAGAAACGAGAUUAUAAAGUCUUUAUCUUUGUAUUAUUACACAUUUGUGGAUUUACUCGAUUUUAAAAACUGUGUUUGCGAGUUCUUAACAUGCCUCGAUGCGUGGCAAGUGCAUUUAGAUAUAUCUGUAAAUUUUGAACUGACGAAGAAUUAUUUAGAUUUGGUUGUAACUUAUGUGUCUCUUAUGAUUUUGUUGUCGAGAGUUGAUGAUCGUAAGGCAGUAUUAGGUUUGUUUAAUGCUGCUCACGAAAUGGUACAUUCGCAACAUGAUUCUAGUUUUCCACGGUUGGGAAGUAUGAUAAUUGAUUAUGAUAUGCCGAUUAAGAAACUAUCUGAAGAGUUUGUAACCCAUUCUAAAUUAUUGCAAGGUGCUUUACACUCACUUCUUCCUAUAUUUCCAGUUAGAAAUGUAUCUGCGGAUCAGUGGAGAAGUGAGUUAAAACUGAGUUUGGUGGGGAAUCCUGGUCAGCUACCGAAACCUGUGACUUCAGAACGAAUAUCAUGUGAAUACCUCUCUUUGGAGUUAAUGGAACGUUGGGUUGUGUUUGGAUUUAUGCUUUGCCACCAAGGAUUGCAGCAUGAAUAUUUUAAUAAAAUGUGGGUGAGUGCUUUAGAUUCUUCGUGGGUAGUUCCAUUGUUUCGUGAUGAAGUUGUCUACAUUCAUUCUUACAUUCAAACUUUCUUUGAAACCAUCAAAGGUUAUGGGAAACGUAUUUCGGAGGUUAAAGAUUGUUACAAUCAAGCAGUACAGAAGGCGGGAUAUCGCCACCGAGAGCGGCGUAAAUUUCUAAGGACCGGCUUGAAGGAAAUUGGGUGGGUGUUGACUGAUCAGCCUGGGCUUUUGGGGCCGAAAGCGCUUAUGGUAUUUAUAGGGCUGUGUUUAGCCAGGGACGAAAUUUAUUGGCUUUUAAGACACAAUGAUAAUCCACCCCAGCAGAAAGGUAAAGGAAAAACUGCCGAAGAUUUGGUGGAUAGGCAAUUGCCUGAGCUUUUGUUUCAUAUGGAAGAGCUGCGAGUUCUAGUUAGGAAAUACAGUCAAGUUAUGCAAAGAUACUACGUCCAAUACUUGGCAGGAUUUGACGCGAUUACUCUCAAGCAUAUCAUACAAAAUCUACAGGUUAUUCCCGAGGAUGAAAGUAUGAUUUUAUCUUCUUUGUGUAACACGAUUUCAAACUUAUCGGUAAAACAGGUGGAGGAUAACGAAAUAUUUGAUUUCCUCGCAUUCCGAUUAGACUGGUUUAGGUUACAAGCUUAUAUGUCGUCGAGUAAAUCUCCUUUGUCCAUUAUGGAUAAUAAAGAUUUAGCUUCGUUUCUUGACGGCGUCCAAUUCCAUACGCGAAUGGUGGAUCACUUGGAUGAUAUUCUAACUGAAACAUCGGAUUUGUCGAUAUUCUGUUUUUACAGCAAAAUUUUUGAAGACCAAUUUCACAUGUGUCUCGAAUUUCCUGCACAAAACAGAUACAUCACAGCAUUUCCAUCAAUAUGCAGCCACUUCCAAAAUUGUACCCAUGAAUUGUGCCCAGAAGAGAGGCAUCAUAUUCGUGAGCGUAGCUUGUCAGUUGUUAAUAUGUUUUUGGACGAGAUGGCAAAGGAAGCAAAAAACAUUAUCACUGCCAUCUGUGAUGAGCAGUGCAAAUUAAGUGACAAAUUGUUGCCAAAGUAUUGUGCAAUAUUAAUAUCGCAACAAAUGAACCGUAAGAAAAAGGACAAGAACAAAAAGAAUGCUAUCGAAAUUGAAAAACCCGGGAAGGAGAGCUAUCGGAAGACUAGGGAGAAUCUAACAACAAUGGAUAAGCUGCAUAUGGCCUUAACAGAACUGUGUUAUGCGAUCAAUUACUUUUCAACAAUUAAUGUGUGGGAGUACACGUUUGCUCCAAGGGAAUACUUGUAUCAGCAUUUAGAGAACAGGUUCGCGCGCGCCUUGGUUGGGAUGGUAAUGUACAAUCAAGACACAAACGAAAUCGCCAAACCAUCUGAAUUGCUGGUAAGUGUCCGUGCUUACAUGAAUGUUCUGCAAACAGUAGAAAAUUACGUACACAUUGACAUUACGCGCGUUUUUAAUAACUGUCUACUGCAACAAACUCAAUCAGUCGACAGUCAUGGUGACAAAACAAUCGCAUCUCUCUACACGCAAUGGUACUCGGAAGUAUUACUGCGUCGCGUUAGCGCCGGAAAUAUCUGCUUCUCAAUGAAUCAACGAGCCUUUGUAAGUCUAACAGCGGAAGGAACAAUUCCAUUUAAUCCAGAAGAGUUUUCAGAUAUAAACGAGCUCAGAGCACUUGCUGAACUAAUCGGCCCCUAUGGCAUGAAAUUGCUAAACGAAACCCUAAUGUGGCAUAUUGCCAGUCAAGUUCAAGAAUUAAAGAAGUUAGCAGAAGCGAAUAAGGACGUACUUCUUUCCUUGAGGACCAACUUUGACAAACCCGACAUAAUGAAGGAGCAGUUUAAAAAAUUAGCAAACGUCGACAAUGUAUUGCAGAGAAUGACAAUCAUUGGUGUUAUUUUAAGUUUUCGAAAUCUUGCCCAAUCGUGUUUGACUGAUGUCUUAGAGGAGAGGAUCCCCUUCCUUCUCAGUUCCAUUCUUGAUUUUCGACAUCACUUGCCUAGCGGAGAUCCAAUGAAAGUUGUAAGUGAGAUGACUUCGGCCGCGGGAAUACCUUGCAAGGUAGAUCCGACGCUAACCAAUGCUUUGAAACUUCAAAAGCCCGAGUUGGAUGGAGAAGAACAUCUUCUGGUUUGCCUUUUAAUGGUGUUUGUAGCUGUGUCGAUACCAAAACUCGCAAAAUCCGAAUCUUCAUUUUACAGAGCAUCCCUUGAAGGGCACUCGAACAAUAUUCAUUGCAUGGCCCUUGCCAUAAACAAUAUCUUCGGUGCCUUGUUUACAAUUUGUGGACAAGGUGAUAUUGAAGAUCGCAUGAAGGAAUUUUUAGCACUUGCAUCGUCUAGUCUAUUAAGAUUAGGUCAAGAAGCAGACAAAGAAGUGAUCAAGAAUAGGGAAUCUGUCUACCUACUACUGGAUUUAAUUGUGCAGGAAUCUCCAUUUCUGACCAUGGAUUUACUAGAAUCUUGUUUCCCCUAUGCAUUAAUCCGAAAUGCUUAUCAUGCUGUAUUUAAACAAGAGGCUGCAAUGGUUUAAAGCGUAAUAUUGUUACAUACCAAUUUAUUAAGUACAAAAGUCAGUCGUAAUGAUAUUUAAUGCAACAUUCGCUAGAGUUAGUAUUAUUAGAUUGUAGCUCUAAUAGCUUUAAGAAUUUUAUAUCGAGGUGUAAUCAAAAUAAUUAAGUUUUUAUACUGCAAGUA